UUAAAAUUUAUUUAUGGUACGUUAAAAUCCGAUUUUCUGGAUCAAAAGUUAUGAUGAUUCUCUCGGUUUUUAUUUUGCACAAUAUCUAUUCAUAUAAUGGUUCUUCUCUUUUUGUUUCACUCUAGGCAUGUAUAGUCACAGCUAUGGUGGCUUUUCUUGGAAUUCGUGGAAAGAUGGUGGUUGGAAUUAUGACGAAUAAAAUGGCCGGUGAAGGCAUGAACGGGGGAAGUGACGACCCAAUAAGUGGAGAACCAAUGUUACAUAAACCUUACAGUUUCGAGUACAAGGCACCGGUUCUCAUAGGCAACAUAUACCACUCAGAAAAAAAAGAUGGUAAUGGUAAGGUUUCGGGCUCUUAUGGAUACACAGAUGCCCAAGGAUUGUACAGACAAGUUGACUACGUUGCCGACGAGCAUGGAUUUCGUGCCAUAGUGAAAACGAAUGAGCCAGGUACCUCGCGAAGAGAAGAAGAUGGAGUUGCAGCCGAUGUAGUUCUGCAAUCAGACUCACCACCGGCUGGACUGCAAGAAGGAUUUUCAAAAAGUGAAGAGAGUGGACAAGGAAAAAGACCUUUGAUUGAUAUGAUUGCAAUGGACAGUAUGAGAGGAGGAAUGGGUGAUGCUAUGGGUGAACAGGGAGGUAUUAGGGAUGGAGGAAUGGGUAAAAUAGUUGGUUUUAUGAAUGGUAAAAUGGGUGUUAUUAUGGAUGGUAAAAUGGGUGACAUUAUAGACAGAGGAAUGGGUAAAACGGGUGGUAUUGCGGAUGGAGAAAUGGGUGCUGUUAUGGGUGGUAAAAUGGACAGUAUUAUUGAUAGAGGAAUGGGUAAAAUGGGUGGUAUUGUGGAUGGAGAAAUGGGUAAAAAAGAUAGUAUUAUCUAUAGAGGAAUGGGUAAAAUGGGUGAUAUUAUGGAUGGAGAAAUUAACAAUAUGGGUGGUAUUAUGGAUGGAGGAAUGGUUAAAAUGGAUGGUAGUAUGGGCAGAGAAAUGGGUAUAAUUAUGGAUGGAGAAUUCGGGAAAAAAGGUGGUACUGUGGAUGGAGGAAUGGGUAAAAUGGGUAGUAGUAAUGCUGGAGAAAUGGGUGGUGUUAUGGAUUGGAAGUGGGAGAAAAUAGGUGGUAUUGUGGAUGAAGGAAUAGGUAAAAUGGGUAGUAAUAUGGAUAGGGAUACAGGGAAAAUAGGUGGUAUUGUAAAUGGAGGAAUGGGCAGUAUUAAUAAUGAAUGGCAUGUGAAUAAGAAUGUGGGGUGA